GUGCGAGUGAUAAUGAGUUUCAGCUGCGCGUUGCACCAGUCUCGCAUCUCUCACGGAGGAGCUUCGGAAGCAUAAAAGGACGAGCGACAGGAGUGUACGACGAGAGCGGACCAGGCCUGGACAUUGUGUUAAGUUUUAUUUAGUGUUUGGUCGGAUUUAUGUGCUGUGAUGGCGAUUCUGUUUGCGGUGGUGGCUCGCGGCUCCACAGUUUUGGCCAAACAUGCACGUUUCUCUGGAAACUUUCUGGAGGUGACUGAACAGAUUCUGGCCAAAAUUUCAUCCGAAAACAACAAACUCACAUACUCUCAUGGCAGCUAUCUCUUUCACUACAUUUGCCAUGAGAGGAUUAUCUAUCUGUGCAUCACUGAUGAUGAGUUUGAGCGCUCUCGAGCUUUUGGUUUCCUGAAUGAAGUGAGGAAGAGAUUUCAGAGCACGUACGGGUCGCGGGCACAGACCGCUCUCCCUUAUGCCAUGAACAGUGAGUUCUCCAACAUGCUGGCUGCACAAAUGAAACAUCACUCAGACCCUAAAGGCUCCGACAGUCUGACAGAAACCCAGAUGCAGGUGGAUGACCUGAAAGGCAUUAUGGUCCGCAACAUCGAUCUCGUUGCACAGAGAGGAGAGAAGCUAGAGCUGCUCAUCGAUAAAACUGAGAACUUGGUAGAUUCUUCUGUCACCUUUAAAACAACAAGCCGUAACCUGGCGCAUGCCAUGUGUAUGAAGAACCUAAAGUUAACCAUUAUUGUCAUAAUAGUUGUACUGGUGGUGUUGUACAUAAUCGUGACUGCCGCCUGUGGAGGAUUCAGCUGGCCGAGCUGUCGGAAGAAGUAGAGCAUGUGUGAAUCUCAGGAGUCUAAACACCAUUAGUUUUCUCCAACUUUAUCCUAAUUUGCAUUUUCAGAGAGACACUGACACACAGAAAGAAACCAAAGUCUCCAAACAAAUAGCAGAGUUCUUCGGUGUUCCAGUCCACACAUUGUCUCUGUUAUGUUAUUCCUAUAGGUUUAGGUUUUUUGGGUUCUCUGUGUGUAAUGCAGUUAUACCUAUGGGAUAUAAUAUGGGGGAUUUUAAAGUGUUUUACCUAAAAAUUCACAUUAUCAUAGACUUACUCUGAAUUAUUUUUUUCUACUGAAUUUCUUUUUUUCAGUAGUGGACUGUAGUUAUUAUUCUGUAAAACAAAAAAAAGCAAUGACAAAAUAAUUAAAUUAAUCUAUCAAAUUAAUGUGCUGUGUUCCACACACUUAUGAAUAUAUAGAAUUGCUUUGAAUGAGAGACAAUGAGAGAAGUUUUCACACAAAAUGUUCAGUAAAUAUUUCACAAAUUCCACUGUUUCCAUUUGUCAUUGUGAUCUAAAUACAGAAUUGUAAUUUCUGGGUAAAUAGUUUAUUAGAUCUCCUGCUAACCUGGUUAAAAUGUAUUUCUUCACCUGAACUUUCAUGGUAUGGAGCAAAAGAGGGUAAUAGUGAUGUAAAAAAUGAAUUAAAUGAAAUAGAGGUAUAAACUGCUGUUGUGCUUGCUCUUUCUUUUUCUUAAUUUGCAGGUGUGCAUCUAUGGGAUUACUUUUGUGUCAAUAAAAAUGAAUGCAAACUUUAAAAAAACGAACAAAAAUAUACAAUGAGAAAGAAAAAAAAACACUUUGAUAAUGAAAACAAUAAACUCAAUUGCAAGAAUGUGACAUGAUUUUCAAAUAAACUGCUA